GUCCAAGUUGGUCGUAGCUGGAUAGAAAUCAGCAAAUGUGAGGAAGAAAUUUAUGUUAUUAUCGAUGAGGUGCAGGUUAUCUAUGGCAAUGUUUUACUCGGCUCGUAUUAUCCAAUUGAAUAUUUUUCAACACCUAUGGAUAUUCGUCAUACACUUAAUUUGAGUGACCUGCUUCUAACGCGGGAUGAAUUCUCACAACUUGUAACGAGAUAUAUCAAGAGAUAUACUGCUUUAG